GUGUGUCCUUUGCCAAUGGGGAACGCUGGAAGGUCCUUCGAAGAUUCUCUCUGUCCACUAUGAGAGACUUUGGGAUGGGAAAGCAGAUUGUGGAGGACUGGAUUCAGCAGGAAGCCCGAUGUUUGGUGGAGGAACUGCAGAAAUACCAGGGUGCCCCCGUGGACCCCACCUUCCUCUUCCAGUGCAUCACAGCCAACAUCAUCUCCGCCUUUGUCUUUGGAAAGCGCUUUGACUACACAGACCGCCAGUUCCUGCGCCUGCUGGAGCUGUUGUAUCGGAGCUUUUCACUCAUAAGCUCAUUCUCCAGUCAGGUGUUUGAGCUCUUCUCUGCUGUCCUAAAGUACUUUCCUGGCACGCACAGACAAAUCGCCAAAAACUUCCAGGAAAUCCUUGACUACAUUGGCCAUAGUGUGGAGCAGCACAGGGCCACCUUGGACCCCAGCACUCCACGAGACUUCAUCGAUACCUACCUUCUGCGCAUGGAGAAGGAGAAGUCCAACCACCACACAGAGUUCCAUCACCAGAACCUCAUGAUGUCUGUGCUCUCUCUCUUCUUUGCUGGAACUGAGACCAGUAGCACCACGCUCCGCUAUGGCUUCCUGUUCAUGCUCAAGUACCCCCACGUUGCAGAGAAAGUCCAAAAGGAGAUUGAUCAGGUGAUUGGCUCACACCGGCUACCCAACCUUGAUGACCGCUCCAAAAUGCCAUACACUGAUGCAGUCAUCCACGAGAUUCAGAGAUUUGCUGAUCUUAUACCUAUUGGAUUGCCUCACAGAGUCACCAAAGACACCAUGUUCCGAGGGUACCUCCUCCGCAAGAACACCGAGGUGUACCCCAUCCUGAGUUCAGCUCUCCAUGACCCAUGCUACUUUGAACAACCAGACACCUUCAAUCCUGAGCACUUCCUAGAUGCCAAUGGGGCAUUGAAGAAAACUGAAGCUUUCAUGCCUUUCUCUGCAGGUGAGAUAGGCAUGUGAUUUCUUUCCCAGACA